GCAAGCAUCUUCACCAAAAUCGGCCUCACAUGCCGGAAGGGGAGGUGACGGAGCGGAGAAUGGAAAACGGAAAGAGAAAAAGGGAGAGGAAUACGGCGGCGGCGGUCUCUGCUGCUGGAAUUGAACGAAUUAGGGCUUCGCACAUACUGCUGAAGCACGAGGAAUCGCGGAGGAAGAGCUCAUGGAAGGAUCCUGAGGGACGACUUAUCAGCAUCACUACCAAGGCGAAGGCGGCUGAGCAGCUCAGGGAGUUGAGGGAGGAGGUCGCUGCCGGCAGGGCUCU